AUGGAUGAGGAGAAAAGGAAGCGAUCUACAUUCAGACAGUCAUCCAGUGAGACUGAAGCCAGUUCACAGAUGAGUACUGCUCCUAGCAAGAUGUCCCUCAGGAGCAACAGAUCCAAGUUCGAGCCAGUCAACUUUAAAGAUGAAAGACUGUCCUUGUCCUCAGUGUGCGAAGAAAUCCAGAAAAACAUUAAAACAAGAGAAAGACAAGGAGGGAGACACAGUGCAAGACGAUCUGGUAUUAACCACCUGAGCAUCUUUGAUGCGUUUCACUGCAUUACAGGUAAAAUUCAUCUUUUAGAGGCAAAGAAGAAAUUAAAAGAAGCAAUGAAAGAGAAAUAUUCCUCAGUCUCUGAAGGUAAUGGUGACAAGCCGAGUUCACUGAACAACAUCUACACAGAGCUUCACAUAACCACUGGAGAGAGUGAAAGGUUACGUGAAGAGCAUGAAGUCAGGCUGCUCGAACAUAAACGGAUAAGACACACUUCAGAACAGCAAAUAAUCAACCUAAAUGAUGUGUUGAAACCGUUGCCUGAUCAAGACAAACCUCACAGAACAGUUGUGACGAAGGGCGUUGCAGGAAUUGGAAAAUCAUUUUUUGUGCAGAAAUUCAUUCUUGACUGGGCCGAAGAGAAGGCAAACCAGGAUGCAGACUUUGUUUUCAGUCUUGCUUUCAGAGAGCUGAAUUUGACUACAGGUGAAAAAAGCCUACAUGAGCUCCUGACUUUAUUUCAUCCCACACUGUGUGAUCUCAAAGAUUCAGUGGAUUAUACCAAAACCAAGAUUGUUCUGAUCCUGGACGGUCUGGAUGAAAGCAGGUUUCAUCUGGACUUUGAAGGCUUUAAGACUAUAACAUCUGUGAAGAAAGCAGCACCUGUGAGGGAUCUCCUAGCAAACAUCAUCCAGGGUAACCUUCUUCCUGAUGCAAACCUCUGGAUUACUUCCCGUCCAGCAGCAGCCAAUCAGAUCCCUGCUGAGCAUAUUGACAUGGUGACAGAAAUAAGAGGGUUCAAUGAUCCUCAAAAAGCUGAAUACUUCAGGAAGAGAUUUAGUCACGAUCCAGAUCUUGCUGAAAGGAUCAUUAAACAUAUUCAGUCUUCACAGAGUCUCGACAGCAUGUGUCAGAUCCCGAUCUUCUGCUGGAUUUCUGCAGUGUUAUUCCAGGAAGUCUUUGGAGGAGAUGUUGAAACUGCAAUUCCUCAAACUCUUACAGAGAUGAUGUCACACUUCCUGUUUGCACAAACAAAGCGUAGAAACAGAAAAUAUGACAAGAAGGUUGAGACAAACAAAGAGAAGCUUCUGAAAACACACAAAGAAUUUCUUCUGAAACUCGGCAAGCUUGCAUUUGAGCAGCUGCUGAAGAACAACCUCAUCUUAUAUGAGGAAGACCUGGAAGACUUUGGCAUUGACAUUAAAGAAGCCUCCAUGUACUCUGGAUUUUGCACCACAGUACUUCGUGAAGAAGAAAUCAUUUCCCAGAAAAAGGUCUUCUUCUUUGUACAUCUAACUCUGCAGGAGUUCUUUGCAGCUCUCCACAUCUAUGACUGUUUCAUAAAUAAUGAUACCAGAGAGCUCAGCAGCUUCCUCGAUCUAAAGAGCCAAGAACAUACAUUACUUGAUCUUUUAAAGAUGAUGGUUGACAAAGUGCUGGAGAAGAAAAAUGGUCACCUGGACUUCUUCCUGAGAUUCCUUCUUGGCCUCCUGGUUGAACCAAAUCGCAGAGUCCUUCAUGGUCUGCUGCCUUCACCAGAUCAAAGUCAAGAUACUGAAAAGAAAAUCUUGACUUACCUCAAGUCUGUGCGAAGGAAGAACCUCUCUCCAGACAGCUGCAUCAACCUUUUCCAGACUAUGGUCGAGAUGAGAGAUCACAAAGUCAAAGAUGAGAUUCAGGAAUAUCUUGCACUGUCAGAUCGUUCAAAAACAGAGUUGACUCCCCUGCACUGCUCUGCACUGGCCUACAUGCUGCAGGUAUCGAAGAAUGAUCUGGAAGUCUUGGACUUGAAGAGUUACAACACAUCAGAGGAGGGCAGACGGAGGCUGAUACCAGCAGUGAGGAGCAGCGGAAAAGCCUUACUAGCAGACUGUAAAGUGACUGAAGAGUGGGUUGAGCAUCUGGCCUUUGGUCUCACCUUCCCCUUCUCACCUCUACGACAUCUGGACCUGAGCAACAAUGACCUGAAAGAUUCAGGAGUAGAGCUGCUGUGUAAAGGACUGUCGAAUCAGUGCUGCAGACUGAAAACUUUGAGGUUAUCUGGUUGUCUGGUGACAGAAAAAGGCUGUGGGUUUUUGGCCACAUCCAUUAAGGCUAAUCCUUCUCAUCUCAAAGAGCUGGACCUGAGCUAUAACCAUCCAGGAGGAGUUGGGAAAAAGAAGCUCUCUGAGCUGAAGGAUGAUCCAAAAUACAACCUCAGCCAACUCAAUUUUGAACAUGGUGGACAUCACCGGAUGAAACCAGGAUUCAAGAAAUAUGCCUGUGAGCUCAGUCUGAACUCCAACACAGCUCACAAGAACCUGCUGCUCUCUGAAGGGAACAGAAAGGUGACCUGGGUGGAGGAGGAGCAGCCAUAUCCUGAUCAUACAGAGAGGUUUGAUUGCUGUCAGCAGGUUCUGUGUAAACAGGGACUAAAAGGACGCUGUUACUUUGAGAUGGAGGUGUCAGAGCCCUUCUGCGUUGGGUUAACAUACAGAAGCAUUGGCAGGAAAGGGGAUGUUGAUGCCUGCAAGCUGGGACAAAACAACAAGUCUUGGUGUCUGAUUUGCUCUGAUGAUGGUUGUUUUGUUCAGCACAACAAAGAGAAGGUCUGUGUAUCUUCUCAGUGUUUGCGCUCCAGUCGUGUCGGGGUGUAUCUGGAUUCGGAGGACAAAAUUUUGUCCUUUUACAGAAUUUCCUCUGGCAGUCUCGUUCACCUCCACACCUUCAAAUCAACCUUCACUGAUGUUCUCUACCCUGCUGUUGCACUUCACACUCAUUCCUCUGCACUGUUUUGUUAGGUAACAUUAAAAAAAAAAUCAGAACUGCACUCAAGCAAACCACCAAUGGUGAAGACAUUUGGCACCAAAAUGGUCAAAACUGGAGUUUCUCAUUGAAUUCUUUAUGUACAGCAUGGAGUUGCCAACAUCUCGAAAUAAAAUGCUACAUCGUAAAAUAACAUAAGAAAAAUACACAAUCCCCAAACACCUGUGGCAGAUGGCCGCCCCUCCCUGAGCCAGGUUCUUCCAAAGGUUUUUUUCUGUUUAAAAGGGAGUUUCCCGUUGUGAGCAACUGGCUUGCUCAAACAGCUUCAUCUGACUGUUGAGGUUUUCUCCAUGUUCUUUGUAUUAUUGCAGGAUCUUUACUUUACAAAAGCAUAGUUUAAGUGAAGCCAAUCAACAGCUGGUGAGCUUUCAGCAGUGCAACAAUAGUUUUUAGCCAAAGUGUUGUGGUGUAGAAGUGUAGACACUCAUUAACUGUUUAGGUACCUUUAUGUGAACAUAAGAAUCCUUUUUAAAAGAUCCAUACAUUACAAACAAAUAACAUAAAUAACAUAAUUGGCCUAAUUUACAGAAUAUAUACAAUAACUGAGUGUAAAACAUGUAACAAAAUCCUCAUUAUGAAACUUCACUGCAUGAAGGUUUCAUUACAGGCCAAUUUCUGAGGUUUACUAGGUUUUCAGUUUUCUCUGAUAAUUGAACAUCAUUACCAAAUGGAGCUCAGAUUUUAAAUUGCUCUCUCUGAAGCUGAGUUGAAUUGUAAACUUUUCUGAGCUGCUUUCAGGAGGUAAAUGUUAAAUAAUCAGCAUGAAGCAGUUUGUACUUUGAGAUGCAUCUGUUCUAUCAUUAGAUGGACCUGCUUUUAAUAAAUUCACAUUUCUGCCACUGACAGACUGAGCCACUUCUAUAGAUUUUGUUGCAUUGAAAUAAGUAAUUGUGCUAAAGUGAUAUGAUUUGGUAUGUAAAACUACAAUUAAUAUGUACUUAAAAAUUGUAUCUUAGAAUUCCACAAACUCUUGCACAGCUUUUUUGUGUUUUGCCUUAUGUCUUGAACAAGACCCAUAUUUUUCUAUCUCACAGUUUCAUCAAACUGCCCUAAAGUUAGCAGUUAGUAUAAAACAUUUCUACAGUAAACAAUAAGAAGGUGACUUUUAGGAUAUUCGAACUAUCUUCUUUCUAAUUUUGAUUAUUUUUGUGCCGUCGAACUGUUUUCAGAUUUGAGAUCCAGAGCUGUUUGUAUUUAUUAUUAUUUUUACAUCCAUUGCUUAUAUUUGAGUUAUUUUAUUAGGUUUGAAUGUUUUGCUCUUCUCUGAUGACCAUGCCUCACUGAGUAGAAAUGAUGACUUGUGACCAAAAAGAAUCAGGAUACGGUCCCUCUGUUAAAUGCAGCUUUUUAUUCUUUUUCUGUAAGUGAUUGCAAUACUAAACAGCCUGACGACCACAGUGUUGCAGGUUAGUGAAUGUUUUCUUUACAGUGUUUUGGUUUCCUGCUUGAGGAUCUGCUUCGUUCAGCGCCCCAUACACAGCUCUCCCAUCAGGUCAUGGCAUCCUGGGCCACAAACUACACCCUGGGACAGUGAUACUAUCAGAUAAUAAAGGAACU